AUGGCGUCUUCUUUCUGGUCACAAUGGUGCAACAUUGGCUAUGGAGGUGCUAGACUCUUUGUCUCUUUUGCGGUUAUUGCUGUGGGUGCAAUCUCAUGGCACAUAUUGAGGAAGGAAAGUCUUGCAUUGCCACCAGGUCCUCGAGGCAUGCCUGUACUAGGCAACCUCCCAUUUCUACAUCCUGAGCUUCACAGCUGCUUUGCUAAAAUGGCUCAAAAAUAUGUCCCGGUGAUGAGGCUUUGGCUCAGUAACAAGCUUACUGUUGUACUGAGCUCACCCUCUCUGGAAAAGGAGGUUCUUCGAGACAACGAUGCUAUUUUCGUGGACCGUGGCACGCCAAUUGCAAUGCUAACGAUGACAUAUGGUGGCUCCGGGUUGAUAUGGGCACGGUGUGACCAAAAUUGGCGCAUGCUUCGGAAGGUUUGGGUAGGGGAGAUGCUAAGCAAAGUGAGUCUUGACAGGCUUUAUGCUCUUUGA